ACAUUUCAUGAAUUCUCAACAAUCGUUUUUUUGAAAUUUGUGUCAAUAUUUUGUUAUUAUAAUUUUCUUAUAUAAAACAUAUAAUUAUAAUUUUGAAAUAAAUUUAGAAAAAUGACCGUUACUUAUACAGCUGAAGUUGCUACUUGCAAAAAAUUUGGUUGUUUUAUAAAACUUCUAGGCAGAUGGAGAGGCAGUAUUUAUAAAUUAAUUUGGUUGGAUUUGGUGCUGUUUUUAACUCUGUAUUAUUGCAUCAACUGGAUUUAUAUUUAUUUAUUAGAUGAGGAAGCUAAAAGAACUUUUGAGAGUAUUGUCUACUAUUGUGCCAGUUAUACGAGCCUCAUUCCAUUGUCGUUUGUAUUGGGUUUCUAUGUCAAUUUGGUAAUGACUCGCUGGUGGGAACAGUACAUUACUAUACCAUGGCCUGACUCCAUAGCUGUAUUUGUUAGUGCUCAUGUACACGGCCAAGAUGAGGGUAGUCGUGUAAUGCGCCGCACUGUCAUGCGUUAUGUGUGUUUGUGUCUGACUAUUGUUUUUACUAUGAUAUCACCUUGUGUAAAGAAGCGUUUUCCAAAAAUGAAACAUCUUGUUGACGCAGGACUUUUGCUGGAAAAUGAAAAACAGAUUAUAGAGUCAAUGGAUAAUUCGUUUCCUAAAUAUCCAAAACAUUGGAUGCCCAUAGUUUGGGCGGCUAGUAUCAUAACACGAGCGCGAAAAGAGGGCCGUAUUCGCGAUGACUUCGCUGUCAAAACAAUAAUUGAUGAGUUGAAUAGUUUUCGUGGUCUUUGUGGCACCUUGAUGUACUAUGAUUUUAUAAGCAUUCCUUUGGUUUAUACGCAAGUUGUAACAAUUGCAGUUUAUUCGUUUUUUGUGGGCACCUUGUUGGCUCAUCAGUGGACCGGCAACAAAAAUAAUACUUACGAAUCAUUGGAUUUUUAUUCUCCUAUAUUUAUAACAUUACAGUUUUUCUUCUAUAUGGGCUGGUUAAAGGUAGCGGAAACUUUGAUAAAUCCUUUUGGAGAAGAUGAUGAUGAUUUUGAGGUAAAUUGGAUGAUUGAUCGCAAUUUACAAGUCUCGUAUCUUAUAGUCGAUGAAAUGCAUCACGAACAUCCCGAGUUAGUAAAAGAUCAAUACUGGGAUGAGGUUUAUCCAAAUGAAUUGCCCUAUGAAAGUGAAGCGAAACGAGAGCAACCACCAGAACCGUCCACCGCCAAAUAUGAUUUAGAAGAUGCGCCUAAGCGAGUAGUAUCUAAAGUGGAAUCUCUCGCGAACUCUGUUGUAUUGAAUGGAAAACCUCGAACUUCAACACAAAGUACUUUUAAUCAACGCAGUCAACGAUUUAAUGAAGCAUUUCAACGUUUUUUCACCUAUUCGGAAGAGGAUGCAACAAGUACAAGAGUAGAUGUGGAAAACAGUUAUCAAUCUGUUUCAGAUAUUGAAAAUAUCGAACACAUUACGUCUUAUACACGCUCUAAUAUUGAUGAAUACGAGUCCCAACUAGAGAAUGAAAAAAUUUGGAAACGAUCUGUAUUGGAACCAGUAACAGAAGAAGCUGAAGAAUUUUCUGAAGCUCAAGAGGAUGAAGAAGAACUGAUGAAUAUUGAGGAAGAAGAUGUUGAAAAUGAAACACCAACAUCAGGUGAAAGUGAUUCCGAUUCUGAUCUAUUUGAAAAACUUCGUUUGGAACGUCAAAAACAACGUACGCAAAGGAUGAAUGAUUAUUUGCAGCGUCACUUUGGUUCCAAUUUUCAAUUUGUUAAAGACUGUUUAAGUAAUACGGAAACAAAUGCUAAUAAGUCAACAUCAUUUGAGAAAAAGGAAGGAGAAGAAAAAAUAUUAACUAAUCUGGAGAAUGAUGAAAAUCUUUUAACGCCUACAACUUCCACUGCUUAUACUAAACCAUCCUAUACAUCAUUUGAAGAAAUUCCGGAAAAAAAUAUAAUCGAUUUAGCAGAUAAUCAAAAACUCUUGACUCCUAAAGUAUCUAUGCAACAAACUUCGGCAGUAGCAUUAAAACUGCCAAUAGAGGAUCAAAAUACUUUAGAGCGGGAGUUUCUUAAAGAUUUAGAAAACAAAGAUGGACUAUUAAACCCAAAGUUGUCUGAAACCAAUGAUCUAAAGCAAACUAUAGAAAAAUUAGCAUCAAAUGUUGAUAACCAGGAAAACAUUUCUUUAACAUCUACAAAAACAGUUUCAUUAAGACAAAAUUCCCAAAUAUCUCGAGUUCUACCAGAAAGUUUUAUUUUAUCACCAGAAGUUCAAUCAACAGGAAUCGAAUUUUCGGCACCAGAAACGCUUUUUUUGAGUCAAGCUAAUUUAUCAGCAAAUAUUGAAAAAAUAUCACACUAUUCUAAUGCUUCUGAACAUUUCUGCUUAUCUAAGGCCACUUCUCCGUUGGGUUCAGCAAGAAGCGUAUCAACGCAGUCUUCUUCAGUAGAAGAUUGGGAAAUUCUGCCUACAGGAAGCACAUCUGGAGAGUACAGAGUAGACAUAGAAGAAUCGAAAAAUGAACACAAUACUUAAAAUAAAUACAUUUCUUUUGCCUUAAACAAUUUCACUUAUUUAUGAGUAGAGUUUGUUUUAUAGUUUCACCAAAAUUACAACAAUUUAUUUUCUCAAGUAUUUUGAUAAUAGUCCCGUUUUGCAUAAAUAUUAAUACACACUAAUACAAAUAUAAAAAUGGUAUUUUUAUAGUCAUAAUUUCGGUGUAUGUAACAGAAAUGUAUUUUAGACCAAAAUACUAUAAAUAACUGUUAUUAUCAUUGGUUUUGUUAAAAAAUAGCGUUAAUAUUAAAUUUUCGCAACAAUUUCGUUUACCAUAAAAGCAUCUUGGUUACCCAAAAUUAUAUGUACAAAAGUCAUAUGUAUGAAAUACAGCGGAAAGGGUUGAGGCAGUUACGAUACGUAUAAGUUACUGAGUAGUUUUGUGAAAAAAAAAAUCCCUUUGAAAUACAUUCAUAUAUCAUUGUUGUAAUUUUAGAGAGGCUGAGGAUAUGAAAAUAUGAAAAAGUUGCUAUAUUUUCGAAAGCUCAUUAAGUCGAUUUAUGUGGCAUGCCAUAAAUUGUUGCAACAAAAUGUUCUUCUGUGCAAAACAAAAUGACACCAUACAUACAGACUUACUACUACAUUUAUGGAUAUUG